AUGAAGAUAACGCUUGCUGCCACACUCAUACUCUAUAUACAACAACCUCGUCUCUCUCGGAUCUACCCACUGAUGGCUUCGCCAUCAAGACAGGCUACCAGCGCCUUCACCAGAGAGCCGAUGUGGACGCAAAAUCCAGCGACCAACCCCGGUCCUUCUGGGUGGCUAUCCACCUCCGAUUGCGGCCUCGGAACGACAUCUCCCAAGGGUAACUCGCUGUACCCUGGCGCAGCAACGCAGUGGCUACAGCAUGCUCCUUCGCCAGUACCAGCACCGGCUCGACCCGUCCGUACCCGACAGCUGUCCCGACUGCGG